AUGAUAAAUUCUGAAAAUAACUUUAAUAAAAUAAUAAUGAUGAAGCGCAGUGACUGCUGUUAUUGCUUGACACUGAUCAUAUCAUCAGUGAUUUUCGCUUUAGGAUGCUUACUUUAUUUCCCAAUAGAGUAUGAAAUUUAUUAUUCUUUUUUCGACCAUGAUUGGAAAAGUGCAAAAUGUAUGAUAAACAGUCUCCAAAGAUAUCAAAUCCUUAUAGAAGUUUCCUAUGUUUGGCGCUGUAAGGCCGAUAAAUUCUGAUCGGAAUUUAUCGGUAGGUUGCACCAAAUCAAUGCCUUGGUCGGACCAAAAAGCGAUUUGGUCCGACGAACUUGGAAAGCUCCUGGGAAAAUGUCUGCGCUUUUAGCGCUAUAUAGAGGAAACCUCUAUAUGUCAGUUGACGAUGAUGGUGUAAGCUAUUAUACUUCUUACACUCUAUUUGAUGUCAGAGUCAAUAUUAAUGGAAAGUGGCUUCAAGGUUUUGCGUGUGGAUCUCCAGAUGCAACUACAUCAUCAGCAGUAACAGUUUUAAACCAAGAAUAUCCGUAUAAGUAUUCUAUCUGCCAGUCAGACAAAGAAUGUGGAAAUAUGCUUAUGAUGCCAGUCUGAUUUUGUAAUGAAUGCAAAAAUUGCCAAAAAGAGUUUAAUGAUGAAACCAGAAACUGUAAAUGAUUUUUGAAAAAUGGAAAUAAUGCGAUAAAUGAUGUAGAUGAGAUUCCUGUUGGGUAUAAACUUGACUACCCUACUCAGCAUUCUACUUUUAUUCAAGUCAUAUUUAUGGAUUCGCCGUAUUAUUAUGAAACUGACUAUUUGGCACUGCAAUAUAUCUGCUUGUAUUUGAUGAUUUAUGUUCCAUCAGGGUUCAUCACAUUAUCUCUAUUUUAUUUUAUAAUAAAUCGAAUAAGAAGGAAAUGUUAA